AUGACGGCCACACCUACUCCUGAGCAGCGAGAGCUGCAGUUGAUAGACAGCGUCGAGUUCAAGAUUCUCAGCGUUGCAAACGUCGAAGACAAGCUCUGUGAGCUUUUGGGCCGCUAUUUGGCGCCCGUCAUUCUCAAGGCAGACAGCAGUCAUGCCUCUGUACGAGUCAAGGUUAUCCAAGUUUUGGCAAGGCUGAGAACAUUUAUCCAGCCUCCAAGUGUCGUUCUUCCCGUAAAAGCUCUACUCGAGCAGUACAAGUCAAAUGACUCCAAUGUCAUCAAGCAACUUGAUUUGCCAUUCAUCCAGCACAGUCUGAGUCGCCUCGAUGAAGAUAACAGGCAAGCCUUAGUUCCCAUUGCACUACGAGGUUGUUCAAAGGACGAGGGCCUAAGCAGAGCACCCGCAUUCUUCAACAUCAUUCUUCAACUUCUGAUUGAUGUCCGUCUACCUUCACGCGGAAGCAAGGACGAUGAAGCUUUGAGAGCUUCUAUCGGAUUAGAAGACGAGGCAGACGCCAAGUAUCUCGCCAAGAUGCUGUCCAUCUUCUUGCGUUUGCGGCCUCCAACUCCAAGCAAGACGCUUGCGGAGUCAAACCCCACCUUCUCUCAAGAAGAGAUCACCUUGUUCUCUGUCGAGGGCGCCGGAACCGUGAAGAUAUUCCAGAAUGUCUCUCAGCUGAGAGCCAAAAUAGUCACGUUCCUCGCCAGCGCAGCCUUUACGGACGAGGAGAAAUUCCUUCCGGCUUUAUAUGCUUCUUCAAGCCCCGACACAAGGGUGGCCUCUUCAGCAGAGGAAAUAAUCAAGAGAACAUCAGUCUCAUUUGAUAAUGAAGACUUGGUCAAGCGAUUGUUCGAAGCUCAUGCCCGGCUUCCCGCUGCCUAUCGCACGCGAAUUCUUACCCUCCUUUCCAAGUCAGCUAUUGCUACGUCAAUGUCUGAGCACAUCAUGAAUGUUGUCAAGCUGGACUUUUUGCCAGCUUUCAGACAAGACUCUUCCACAGACGCACUCCAGCCGUCGAGCUCCCUGGAAAGAACAAAGUUGCACAAAGCUCUGUUCCAAUUUCUGUCAUGGGUUGCUCAAGUAGGCCCGUCCAACAAAGACUUCUCGAUCGGUCCAAACCUCAUUAAGAGUAUGCAAAGCUAUAUCGAGUCACAAGGAUGGCCAGUUCCGGUGCAAAUAUCUCACGAUGAGACCCAACUUCGCUCGAGAGGUUAUGAAACCAUCGGAAUGCUCGCGCGUUCCGCUGCUAUGCCUUUUGAAGCACGAGUUGACUUGGCUGGCUGGCUCUUCCAAUCGCUGUCUGAGGAUCCUACCAAUGACGCCGUGGUUAACAUUGAUGGAGCACUCUCAAGCCUGACAUCAAAUAUCCCCAAGCAUACUGCUGAUGAAGACUCGAAGUUGAGGAGCAUGCUCCUUAAGUACAUGUCUCUUACUGAAAAAGCGCCCGCUGUACGAAGCACUCGCCAUGCAGUUGUCAAGUGGGCCAAUGAAUGUCUUUCAUUCACAAACAUUGAUGCUCGCUGGAUAAACUUUAUGGCUAUCGCCGGUCGUCCCAACGAGAGAAGCGAUGUCAUUGAACAAGGACAAAAGGGUCUGGAUCCGUGGACCUACUAUGCCCACAGCGAGUUGGCUCCAGUUCUACCCGACUGGCGCGAGAUGGUUCUCAAGUACUUCCACAUUGCUUCCGAACUUCAACCCGAAGCUGAUUCUGAGGCUGGCCACGGGGCAAUAGUCCGACCUAAUGACAGCGUAUUUGCCAACUUCAAAGGCGAUGCAAUCCGCGCUUUUCCUCAUGUCAUUCAAUAUUGCAAGCAAAUGAUAUUUCUCUCAGCCCUUGAAAACUUCAACGUUCAGCCGGAUUGGAUGCAGGCGCUUGACGCCCAUAUCAAAACAAGCGUCAACUCUCGCCAAAAGGUGCGAGUCCAUUUGAGAUACGGAGACCCGAGUUUUCUAAAAAUCUUUCUGAGUGCUUGUCUCAUUGGCUCUUCUGUCGAGGAUGCUCCGAUAGCAGAGGAGAGUCUUCGCUCUUUUGUCGAAGUCGCUUCUCUCGCUCCAUUCAGAGUGGUUGGAGAAUUUGCCAAAAACAAUAUCGCUCGCAUAUUGCCUCUUGUUAAAUCCAAUAAGACCGAGAUAAGGCAAUUGAGCGCGAGAGCUGUUGGUAUCUUGGCAGCUCAUCCGGCUGUGGACAUUGACGAGGUUCAGAAUUGGAGACUUACUCUCAAUGCUUUGUUUGAGAAAGCUACAACGGCAGUUGGGCCAGAUCUCAACGCCGCUGAAGGAGCAAUAGUUGCCUAUGGCCAUCUGGCAUCUCGAUCCGUUUUCUACAACCAUGCAUCCGUGGCUGAUUGGAAGUAUCCCCUUCGUAUCCUUGUCGAGGACAAUGUUGUACCAUCUCUGUUUGACGCAGCGGUCGAGUCCUUCACUCAUCUAUGGCUGGCAAAACUUGCCAUCCCUCCGAAAGAAGGAGAUACUUCCCUUGACAAUGUUAUCAAAAAGCUUUCUGAGAAAGCAAAGAAGGGAAAUGAGAAAGCAAUCGUUGCGCUUGGUAUGCUAGCUGCGAGCAUCCCAGAUUCAGAACUUGCCGAAUCGCCAGCUUCAUGGUCAGAAGGUCCAGUUGGAGCCAUCUUGACAGCGUUGUUCGCUCUUCAUGAAAUCAAGAGAGUUGAAGUUCAAUUUGCAGUUGGCGAUGCUAUAACCAUUGCAAUUGCUCGCUGGGAUUCGGAUUAUGUGAAGCUGCUGGUGGAUGUGGAAUGGCGAACUCGCGACUUCCAAGCCAAAGCCCGAACCCAGCUGCUCACAAGUGUCCUGGACAAGUUAUUUGAAGAUUGCAAGGCUACCAAACCAUCUCUUCUGAAAGCUUCUGGUAUCUGGCUUUUCUGCAUCGUCCAAUACUGCUCUGAUCUCAAAGAGGUGACUUCCCGCCUACGGCAAGCACAGGCCGCUUUCAUGCGUCUUCUCAGCUCAAGGGACGAACUCGUCCAAGAAACCGCCUCGCGUGGUCUGAAUUUAGUACACGAGCGUGGAGACAACGAACUCAAAGCCGCCUUGGUCAACGACCUUGUGUCUGCCUUUACUGGAUCGACCACCCAGCUCAAAGUGGAACAUGAAACCGAGCUAUUUGAGCCUGGAGCGCUACCAACUGGCGAGGGAAGCUCAGUUUCCUCCUACAAGGACAUUGUCAACCUCGCAAACGAAGUUGGUGACCAAGGUCUUGUUUACAAGUUCAUGUCUUUGGCAAACAACGCGGCUACGUGGUCGACAAGAUCUGCAUUCGGACGCUUUGGUCUCACUAAUAUCCUCUCAGACUCCGCGAUCGACCCCAAGAUAUAUCCAAAACUCUUCAGAUACCGAUUUGAUCCGAAUACAAAUGUUCAACGAGCCAUGAACGAAAUUUGGAAAGCGUUGGUGAAAGAUCCAAAGACGGUUAUGGACACCCAUUUCAACGCCAUCAUGGAAGAGCUCCUCAAGAGCAUUUUAGGACGAGAAUGGAGAAUGCGAGAAGCCAGCUGUGCUGCCAUUUCCGACAUUUUAACUGGUGUCCCAUUCCACCAAUAUGAGAAGUUCUAUGGAGACAUUUGGACAAAGGCUGUCAAGGUCCUCGACGAUGUGAAGGGAAGCGUCAGGGAGGCAGCUUUUAGACUUUGCAGAGGCCUGUCUACCACUCUUACUCGACAGUUGGAAGAGGGAACUCACGAGUCAUCCGCCAAUGCUAUGAUGCAGAAGGCACUGCCUUUCUUGCUUUCUGAAAAAGCUGCAGAGAGCUCGGUCCAAGAAGUCCAAGCCUUUGCGAUCAUUACAAUCAUCAAGACUGCACGACACGGCGGUAAGCACUUGAAGCCGUUUAUCCCGGAGAUGAUCCCCAAGCUUCUGGGACUUUUGAGCACCAUUGAACCUGAGCGAAUCAAUUACUAUUAUCAACGAGUCGGCGAGGACAGUCGAGAGCAGAUUGAUAAAUUGCGAUCCAGAAUGGUUAAUGCGUCUCCCAUCUCGGAAGCCAUCGAUAACAUCCUUCGCUUUGUUGAUGAGGACGUGAUGGCAGAGCUCGCCCCACACCUUGAAGCAACUAUCAAGACCGCCAUUGGGAUGCCUACCAAGAUUGGCUGCAGCAGAGUUUUGACAACUCUCUUUACCCGCCAUACGAAUGAAAUCAAAUCUGUGUCUACUCGAUUUUUGGAACUAUUGGGCAAGCAGGUUCUGGACAAGAACGACGAAGUCAGCCAAGCCUACGCGCGCGCCGCCGCCUAUAUCAUGCGAGUCGUCUCAGACAGCGCCAAGCAGCGAUUCUCGGAGCGCAUGUUGAAUCUUUAUCUUCAAUCGGAAGAGGAGACUCGCCGUCAAAAAGUUGCGGAUGUAAUUGUUUCUCUGGCAAAGGUCUCCCCUGAUCACUUUAGCACUCAGGAGACGCUUUUACUGCCAUUUUCUUAUCUUGGUGCUCAUGAUGUGGAUGAAUACACCGGCAAGGUAUUCCAAGAAGUGUGGGAGCAGCAUUCCGGCAGCAACCGAACCGUUGUUCGUUAUGUGCCAGAGAUUGUCAACCUUAUUGAACGCUGUUUGGGUACGACUCAGUGGUCACUGAGACAUACUGGUGCCUUUACCGUGGCUGCCAUGGUAUCGGAUGUAGCCAGCGCCAGUGACACUACAGGCGCAAUUGGAGAGGCCAACUUGAAGGCCAUAUGGCCAGUCUUUGAAAAGGCCCUCGCUCUAAAAACUUUUCCCGGCAAGGAAAAGCUUCUGGAGUCAUUCCCUGAUUUUGUUGAGAAGGGUCAAUCUCUGUGGAGAUUCAAUGCUGACAUUGCGGCCCAAAUGAAGAAGAUUGUUAUUCGCGAAGCAAAGCGGAACAACGACGACUACCGUGUCCAUGCUUUCCGCUGCCUGUGGCGAUUUGCGAAGCUGGCGGAUAACAUUGACAUGUUGCAAGACAUUAUCGAUAUUGUGACGCCUCACUUGGAGGACUAUAAGGACGAGAACAAGAUGGACGUGGAUUCUAAGGAGGAAACUGUCAUCAAGACUGCGAAGAACGGACUGGAGGCAAUUGCACGCGGAUACAGUCGCUCGUCAGACAGACGAGCCCAUACCGUUGCAAAUCAAAUCAUCAAGGCCCUUGAGACUUUCCUUUCGGAUCCGAAGUUCAACGUUAUCAAACGAGAGGUGUGGUAUGAAUCUGUCACUGAUCUGAUGAAGGAUCUUGCGGCGUCUGAGCCUGCAGCUGAUCCCUCUUCAGUCGAUGGAGACGGUAUCUUGCAGGCAUAUCUCAGCAGCUUGGAUGUUGACAAGGCGGAAGUUGGCAUUGAAUCUCAACGACUCAAGAGAGCCGAGGCGGUCUCGGCGACGCUCCUAACUUAUUCGAGCGGCGUGUUUGGAAAAUCAACUGCACCACUGGAUGAGUUUACGGCGGCAGUGAACAAGGCCAAGAUCGAAGAACGCAAUCCAGAGAUUCAAAAGGCUUGGCAGAGAGUAUUGGUGGAAUUGCAGGAAGCUAGUGUCUAA